UUUCCACAGUACAUACUUGCCGUGAUGGAUGAAGUACACAAACCAUGUACUUGAGUUAAAGUAAAUAAAACCUCGCAAAUCAACUGUUUAAGGCUUUUCACCAUUUAGUUUUUCUCCUGGCAUGCUGAUCCACGGAAGUCCUAAGAGGCCAUGCAUUAUAUUGUUUUCCUCUUUGUUUUUUCGCGAUCUUGACAUGUCAUAAACAUUGUUUUGUCGUGAACAGUACUUUUUUCAGUGUAUUUGGCUUAAGAGCAUGUUCUAGAGGCGUCGUGGAUAACAAUAACCAUUUGCAAUAGCGGGCGUGUCGAUACCUGUUAUAUAAAAGUAAUAUUCAUAUUUUAUUAGGGGUAUUUAUCCACAAAAUCAUGGUACAAAUGAGCAGAAUUCAAAUACUUGUGUUUAAUAUACAAUAGUGGCGCGCUGAGAAACAAAAAAGGGGAGGGCUUGUAGUUUGUGACGUCACAUCCGGGCACCUUUAGAUCAUCAACAGCUGGGACGCACAUCACCACACAGAAACACAGCUCCAGAUGAUCCUCUGCUGGAGAGAGAGUGUGAGCCUCCCUCUACGGAACACUUCCUCAACAUCAGUCAGUGAUGAUUCCCUGCUGCGACUUCUUUUCACGCUACACCCACCAUCACCUGGUCGCCUUCCUCCUCACCUUUUUUAGCUAUGUGUUGCUGCACGCUUCACGCAAGACUUUCAGCAAUGUGAAAGUGAGCAUCUCUGCACAGUGGACCCCUUCAGUGCAAAAUGGCAGCUCUCCUGCUUUUUCCCCUGGGGAGACGUGGGAAGAGAAUCGGCUGUUUGCAGAUGCUGAGGAGGCCACACUGUUCCUCGGUGCCCUGGACACCAUAUUUCUCUUCUCUUAUGCCGUGGGUUUGUACAUUAGCGGGAUUAUAGGUGACCGACUGGACCUUCGUUAUGUUCUCUCCUUCGGGCUGUGUGGAUCAGCUGUGGUGGAGUUUGUUUUUGGCACUCUGACAGAAUGGCUGCAUUUUUAUAACGUGUAUUUCUACUGCUCUCUGUGGGUGCUAAAUGGCCUGUUGCAGUCUACAGUGUGGCCCUGUGUGGUGGCUGUCAUGGGCAACUGGUUUGGCAAAUCUGGCCGAGGCUUUGUGUUCGGCUUGUGGAGUGCGUGUGCAUCAGUGGGGAAUAUUCUAGGAGCAUUCCUGGCCUCCAGUGUUCUGAAGUAUGGUUAUGAGUACGCUUUCCUGGUGACAUCAGUGGUGCAGUUUGCAGGUGGGGUAGUCGUGUUUUUCGGUCUGCUCACAUCCCCAAAGGAAGUGGGUCUGAUUGAAGGACCUGUAACAGGUCUAACAACAGUGGAGAGAGACACGGACAGUCAUCAGCCACUUAUGAGUGAUAAUGAGGAUGAUAAGGAUGAAGUGGUGUAUGACGGAGGAUACUAUUCUAUACAAGAGCAGGAUGAUGAGCCUGAGCCCCAAACCAAAACUAUUGGCUUUUUCCAGGCUUUCUGUUUACCAGGCGUUUUACCUUACUCUCUUUCCUACGCUUGCCUGAAACUGGUGAACUACUCUUUCUUCUUUUGGCUGCCAUUUUAUCUGAGCAACAACUUUGGCUGGAAAGAAGCAGAAGCAGACCGGCUGUCUGUGUGGUAUGACGUUGGAGGGAUCAUCGGAGGAACACUGCAGGGUCUAAUCUCUGAUUUCCUGGGGAAAAGAGCUCCUGUCCUGUGCAUUAGUUUGCUGCUAGCUAUGGGAUCUCUGGUGGGAUACAGCCACUCUCCGAAUGACCAGAUUGUGAAUGGAGUGCUUUUAGCAACUACAGGUUUCUUCAUUGGUGGUCCGUCGAACAUGAUAAGCUCAGCGAUUUCAGCAGAUCUGGGUCGGCAGGAAGCUCUGCAGGGGAGUCAGGCGGCUCUAGCCACUGUCACAGGCAUAGUGGAUGGAACUGGCAGCAUCGGGGCCGCUGGAGGACAGUACCUGGUAUCACUCAUCGAGAGCAAAUUAGGAUGGAUGUGGGUCUUCUACUUCUUCAUAGUGAUGACAGGAUUCAGCAUCGUAUUCAUCAUACCUCUUAUCGUAAAAGAGGUACGCUCCAUGUGCAGAGACAGUCAAGCAAGGACACACCAGCUGUGAACAUGUAGUGCUGUUUAUAACAUCUCGUCUUGUCUGAGUUUAUAUGAAGAAGGUGGAGAGUGUAUCAGCUAAGAUGCCCAGUUUUCUUCUCUGUUCUUUUUUUCUUUUUUUCUUUUUUUUUUAAAGCUGCUUUUUAUGUAGAAUAAUGGUGUUUUAAAUGAUUAGUUCUUGAUUCUAUCAGUGCCAUUGGCAUUUAUAUAGUAAUAUAAUGCCAAGGACAGCAACUAGCAAUGGUGAAAAAUCAUCCAGACAAUCAUCAUAACUAAUCUGACUUGAACAUUUAUUAUUGUCUAAUCUUAACUAUGAAAAUGUACGUAAUGUAGACAAAAUGUUAGACCAGUGCAACUCGUACUGCAGAACUGAGUGCACAAGUGAUAUGAUUAUUAUGUGAUCUUCAAGUUAAUUGAAGUGUUCAUAUAAACAGUACGUUUAUCCAGGGCUGCUAGAGGUGUAGUAACCUUGCAUUGAUGAACACUAAAUUAAGUUCUCACAAUGUGUGCGUCUGUUCUCGCAUCUAACGAUUUUUAGCCAGGGCUCCAAACCAGGUCAAGGAAUUAAAACGAAUGCUAUUUAACAAUUAACACAAACACUACCGACAAUGUAAUCAUGCAGAAUGGUGCAAACUUCAUUUUUGAGCCCUGGCUCAGGCACUAACAUUUCAAUACUACACCAGGCUUGCAGUUUGUGUCCAUUGCUAAUGUGAGUGUCGGGUAUCAAAUUUGACCAACAAAUACAACCCCAGUUCCAACAAAGUUGGGAGAGGCAGAGCGUCUCAGAAGUAAAGAUGGGCAGAGCGUCACCAAUCUGAGACUGUGUCCAUAAAUUGUUCAUAACAAUGUUUCUCAACACAUAAUUGCAAAAAACUGUUGUUUAUCUAAUCAUUUACAGUAUGUAAUAUCAAAAGUUUCAAAGAAUGUGGAGAAAUUUCUGUGGACAAGGGUGAAAAUCAAUAUUGGAUGUCCCUGAUCUUCGGCUCAGGUGGCACUGCAUUUAAAUAAGACGAGAUUCUGUAGUGGAAAUCAUUGCAUGGCCUCAUUAACACCUCCAGAAAUCAUUGUUUCUGAACACAAUUUGCCAUGUCAUCCACAAAUGCAAGUUAAAUCUCUAUCAUGCAAAGAAGAAGUCAUGUGUGAACAUCACCAAAGCUCAUUUUAAAUUUACUGAGGCAAUUUGGAAAACUGUUCAAUGGUCUAACAAAUUAAAUUGUAAUUUUUUUUUUGGAAACCUCGGACAUCUCUGCUUUUCAAGGAAGGCUUUGCAUAUUUGAACAAGACAAUGCUAACUGCAUACUACAUCUAUUACAAUAGCAUGACUUCCUAGUAGAAGAGUCCAGGUGCUGAACUGGACUGCAUGCAGUCUAGACAAUUUGAAAACAUUGGGCGCAUUAUGAAAUGAAAAAUACAAUACAGAACUGUUGAGCAGCUGGAAUCCUGUAUCAGACGCAUAUGGAACAACAUUCCUCUCCCAAAACUUAGUUUCCAGAUAUAUACGUACAGAAUAUGUGACGCUUCAAAGCCAUUAAAUAUAAAAUUACCUUAAUUGUUCCUUAAACUGGUAAACAUUCUAAGUUUAAACAUUUGAUUUGUUUUUAUUUGUUGUUUUAUUGUGCAUAGAAUAUAGUUUUCAUUUACAUUUUGCACAGUGUCCCAAAGUUUUGGAAUUGGGGUUGUACAAACAGCCAACAAAUAGGAAACUUUGAGCAUAUGUUUAAAGUGCCUUUAUUUCAUUCUGUAUUUUGAUCUUGAAAACAAUCUGAGCUUUGUGAUCUUAGAAGUUAUUUCUCUAAAAAUACAAAGGACUUGGCCUAUAAAAGACAUUUAUUUAGUGUAUAUAAUAUUUUUUUAAUCAAUAUAUAGUGAGAUUAAUGAUUAUGAAGAAAACGUAUAUGUGGUCUAAUUUGAACUAUAUUUUGCUUAAAAGCAUAUUAAUUAAUCUUUUUUAAUAAUUUGAUUUUAAUGGCUGCUAUAGGUGCAGGGCAUACCAUCGAUGUACUCUCUGUGGAAGUUACAUUAUUAUGUCAUUCCAGAUUUUAAAAAGAUUUGUUUGUUGAACCUGACAUUGUUCCAAAUCGGAUUUCUUUCAGCUGUAUUUAUUGUCAAAAAAAUGUAGUGUAGUGUUAAAGAUGUACUAUGUAGGUUUAUGUCAAGGAUUUGACCACUCAUUGUUCUGCUUUAUGUAUUACCCAGAGGGAUACAUUCAGUUGCUAGUUUAUAAGAUUGACCUGCCUUGCAUCUUACACUACAUGGCUUUUUUUUUUUUUUUUUAUCUCACAUACCUGUAAUGUAAGUCUAUUCAAAUAAUGUAAUAACUGACUGUAGCCUGUAUGUCACAGCACAAUUUGUUUUUACUGAGUGGAAAAAGACCUCAACAGGAUAUCUGAGACUCCUAUUGUUUGGGGUGUGUAACAUUCUCAGCAUAGCAGUGACACUGACCUGAAUAUAUUUGUCCACCUGUUACACUACAAUCUACUAAUACUCAGAACGAUUCACCAUUCGAAUGAUAUCAGUUCUGGUCCCAUGGUGGUUUCUUUCCAGAGCUCCAGUUACUCACAAAAUACACCUGUGUGGUUGAUUUAUUUAAACUGGCAACUGUUUGAAUAUUUGCAUCUGUGAAGCAAAUAUUUAAAAGAAAUGUGUUAUCUGUUGUAUGUUGUGCACAGUGAUAAAUAUUUUUAAUGUAUUUUUAAUGCUUACAUUUUUUUAUUUUAUUUUAUUUUUUAAAUACAUAAUCUGUGUAUGUGAUGUCAUCUGUCCAAUAUCUUAUGACCAAAAUAUUUAGAAUUUUAUAUUUGCUUACAUGUUUGUGUGAACAUCUUAAACUGUUGAAUACAGGUUGAUUCAACACAUUCUGUAACUGGAACUUUUUCAGAUUUUUGUAAAUUGCUAUUAGUACUUUCUUUACUGCGCAUUUGUGCUUUAUAAUUUCGUAGUGCAUGCCCUUAGAUUUGUUCCUAUUUAAUGAAACAAAAAGGCAUCACUAUCACAUGGUGCAGGUGUGAUUUUCUUAGAUCUAAUGCAAGCUCAACUUGAUGUUAUGCAUUUAUUGUUGAAAUCAGGCUCAGGUUCUUUGUUGAAUGUUGUGAAGAGGGAGUAGAGCUGCAGUUUUAAUAUAAUAGCAAUUUUUUUAAAUGUGAAAGGUUUUACUUUAUAUGGAUGUUUCACAUUUGCACUUCAAAUAGAAAUGCCUCAACAUUUCUGUUUUAUUUGUCUGUUUACAUGUUUUUCUUUUCUUUUUACAAUGAAUGCAAUCUUGAUUCAGAUAAAUAAUGCUUUUAAACUCAUGCAAACACUUUGUAUAUAAACACUUGCCAACAAAUGUCAUCUUGAUACAAAAAAAUCAUAUCACUAUAAAUGUCAAAUCAUUGUUUACAUUAUAUUAAAAAUAAUUAUAUUACUGA